UCGAAGACGUUUCUAAACUGUCCAUCUGUCGUCUGUAGAUCUUUGCCAGCAUGGCUCCGUCCAUCUACGGUCACGAGGACAUAAAGAGAGGUCUGGCUCUGGCCCUGUUCGGAGGAGAGCCCAAGAAUCCAGGAGGGAAACACAAAGUGAGAGGAGACAUCAAUGUUCUGCUGUGUGGAGACCCGGGAACCGCCAAGUCCCAGUUCCUCAAGUACGUGGAGAAGGUGUCGAGUCGAGCCGUCUUCACCACAGGUCAGGGAGCCUCGGCCGUCGGUCUGACCGCCUACGUCCAGAGACACCCGGUCAGCAGAGAGUGGACUCUGGAGGCCGGAGCUCUGGUGCUGGCCGACCGCGGAGUCUGUCUGAUCGACGAGUUCGAUAAGAUGAACGACGCGGACCGGACGAGUAUCCACGAGGCCAUGGAGCAGCAGAGCAUCUCCAUCUCCAAGGCUGGCAUCGUCACCUCGCUGCAGGCCAGAUGCACCAUCAUCGCCGCCUCCAACCCCAUCGGUGGUCGGUACGACCCCUCGCUGACCUUCUCUGACAACGUGGACCUCACGGAGCCCAUCGUGUCCCGGUUUGAUGUUCUGUGUGUCGUCAGAGACACUGUGGACCCUGUUCAGGACGAGAUGUUGGCUCGCUUCGUGGUUGGCUCCCACAUCAAGCAUCACCCUAGCAACAAGGAAGGGGGCGUGGCCUUGGAAGAAGUGAUUCUGCGCAACACGUCUGAUGUUCCUCCGAUUCCUCAGGACCUGUUGAGGAAGUACAUCAUCUACGCCAAGGAGAGGAUUCAUCCCAAACUGAACCAGAUGGAUCAGGACAAGGUGGCCCACAUCUACAGCGACCUCCGUAAAGAGUCCAUGGCGACUGGCAGCAUCCCCAUCACGGUCCGUCACAUCGAGUCCAUGAUCCGCAUGGCGGAGGCCCACGCCAAGAUGCACCUCAGGGACUACGUGCUGGAGGACGACGUCAACAUGGCCAUCAGGGUGAUGCUGGAGAGCUUCAUCGACACGCAGAAGUUCAGCGUGAUGAGGAGCAUGAGGAAGACCUUCUCUCGGUACCUGGCCUUCCGGAGGGACAACAACGAGCUGCUGCUCUUCAUCCUCAAACAGCUGGUCUCUGAGCAGGUGUCCUACCAGAGGAACCGGUACGGAGUCCAGAACGACACCAUCGAGGUUGUAGAGAAGGACCUGCAGGACAAGGUGAGGAGGGAAGGG